AUGAAGUUGGGUUUGCUGCUGGCAGUGGUGGUUGCCGUUCUGGUUUCCAGUCUGUCUGAGGGCCGGGUUGUCUCCAAAUGUGAGCUUAGAAGAAAACUGUCGGAGCAGAUGCACCUGCCCAAAUGGUUCAACCCAGUGUUAAAGGACCGUCUCCUGGCGGCGGGUAAGGAUAAUAAAGUUUCUGCCUACAGAAACAAAUCUUUAAAAUAUAAGUUUAGAUACAAUUUCAAGUUUUUAUGUACAACAGGCACAUGAUAAAGGGGUCAGGGACUCCUGUUUUAAAAGACAGUUACAUUUAUUUUGUGCAAUUUCAAUCAAGUGACCACAAAGUGAUUAAAAAUAAAAACAUCAUAGAGAAGUACAAUGACGUAAAACAAUAAAACAGGAAUUUUCUCAUAAAACCAGAGCUUGAAAAUAUCUGUCAAAGAAACAGUCAGUCUGAUUAAAAAACCUGGAAAGGCUGUAAAAUAAGCACGUACCUUCACCAUGAAUAACAUCUUAAAAUUUAUGAUGGAAAUCGAAAUUGAAAUGCACUCUUGUUAAACCCUCCUGCCGGUAAAGCUAAAGUGGCCCUUGAGGUCACUAUUCUGUAAUGCAUGAUAAGCAUGAUCCUCCAUUUGUCCGGUUUUAAUAUCAGAAAUGUCCAUCAACACAAUAUUUUGCACACAAAAACAACUUUCCUCAGCAAGGUAAAUAAAAAAAAACCUGUGUCUGUAUAAAAGAACAUCUGAGUGUAAUUUAUCAAAAAAGACACAAUGAACCCAAUCCAAGAACUUUCCUCUUUGAUUAAUUUUUGCACUAUAAACAAAAAUUCUUAUGUAACCAGAUUAUCCAGUCCGUUCUACUGCAGAAAGUCAGUGGCGCAAAAUGGUGGACUCCAUAGUGAGGAACCUGCUCUUAUAUUGCCAGUAAAUGUAGGUUAAGCAUGUGAGGCUAUCCAGUGUUCAUGUUUGAUCGUUGUGAUUGCUGGAAUUCAUGGCACAUCACAAAAUACAGUGAGCUGUAAAGUUGUUUGAAUUCAAACAAAGCAGAUUUACCUCUUUGACUUUAUGAUAAUCAGGUUACUUGAUUUAAUCAAGGAAACAUUUCAGCCCGAAUUGCUGUUGUUGUGGGAUUCAAAUCAGGACAGAGUAUCUAACACAGUUGGUACUAACAAGAAAUAGAAAUGACUCCGAAGAAAUUUAAAACAACCACAAAGAGCCUCAAAAUAAAAACAGGAUGCAAGCAUUAACCACAAACUUCAGACAGUCAGAAUAAUGGAGGGGGGUGAGCUGGGGUGGGUCAGGGGAUUGUAACAACCUGUCUUUUAAUUCACUCAGACAAAUGUCAUAUUGGUCAUGCCUUUCUCCUCUUUUCUUUUCAUGCCUAAUUUGCUGCAGUGAUCUGUGAACUGAACAGGACUUCUUCUCUAACCACCGACAUGGUUGACGUAUGGGGUGAUGAGGAAACAACAACAACAACAAUUACUCCAAAUCCUUCAACAUCUUGGGUUGAUGAAAUGGAAGAGGAACCAACAGCUUCUUUUGAAGAACCAUCUUCAGAUGAAAUGACCAGUGAAGAAAUUCCUGAGGAAGAAACAACCACUGAAGAAAUUUCACAAGAAGAAACAACCCCUGAAGAAAUUCCAGAAGAAGAAACAGCCCCUGAAGAAAUUCCAGAAGAAGAAACAACCUCUGAAGAAAUCCCAGAAGAAGAAACAACCACUGCAGCAAUUCCAGAAGAAGAAACAACCACUACAGCAAUCCCAGAAGAAGAAACAACCACUACAGCAAUUCCAGAAGAAGAAACAACCACUACAGCAAUUCCAGAAGAAUUUCCUGAAGAAGAAACAACCACUGAAAAAACUGAAGUGACGACCCCUGCACCGUCAACCCCUGAAACCACCCAAACUCCCCAAGCAGCCAAGAGACGGCGAAAGCGGGAGAUUGAGGUAUUUAACGAUGAGUACAUCUGGACACCAAUGGAGUUCAAAUUAGAAGAAAGGGUGAACAGGUUGGAGAGUGAGUGUAAUGAGGAGGAGAUAGAGAUGGCUGAAAGCGGAAUGGACAUUGUGGACAGUGACAGCAGUCAAGACCAGCUUUUGUCCCUCAGAAAACAUGGGAUCUUCCAGCUGUCUGAUGGCUACUUCUGUGAUUCUGGUCAUCGCCACUCCCAAAACAAGUGCAAAAGCAAGUGCAGUGGUAAGUUUUUGACCUGACAAGCCCACAGAAAGUUAUAGCUUAUCAAUCGCUCAAACAUUUUCAGUUGAUUCUCAUGGAUGUGCUUAACUAUGGCAGAAAUCUAAACUAUUAUUAUCAUAAUUUUCAUCCAUACAAACAUCUUGAUUAUUAAAUUUAAAAGAAUUCACAGAAAUUAAUAACGCUUGAAAACUUAAAUGCUCUGAGAUCUUUCAAAAACAAAAAAGUAUUCAAUAAUAAAAUGAAGUGUGCAAUCUAGAUAUUUAUAUCCGUUUGUGUCUCUUCUUAUUCGUGAAAAAAAAAAGUAUUCAGUUACAUUUUCAUUGUGCUCCUAAAAUUCUUCUCAUCAGGGGAAAAUAUCAGUGCUAAGUCUUUCUGUAAAUAUUUUUAAUAUACUGUCUAUAAGAAUCUGUUCCUUUUUUCUUCCUGCAGACUUCACAGAUGAUGACAUCAGUAACGACAUUGACUGCUUUGUGAAGAUUGGUUGCUGGAAGUAAGUUGACUUAAAAUCUGCUUGUUACUUUGCUUGUUACUCUAGAUGUUACUCAGUAAAUGUUACUUGGAGGCUGGGAAGAAACAAAACCUUGGCAGAUGAAGAACGGACGUAAAAAAGACUCAACUUUAGUAACGUACAAACAAAAAGUACAGAGCUGAAAAUGUAACAGUAUUUUAAUCAACUCAUGUACAUCCUGUUAGUCUCUUGCCAACGUGUUUUGUAGAAGAGGCUGUGAAGGUAUUUUUGUACUGUAAAUGUGUCUGAAAUUAAGAACUUCUUGUGUAAGUAAUUCUUGAUUUAUACUAAAUAAAUAUCAAAAUUCUGCACUUUAAGCAGUUCUCAUAAGGUUUUGUCCAUUUCAUCAAUAACAUCAAGCUCUCACAGGGUAAUGAAAUGCAAUGCAAUGGGGAUGUAAAAGAACAAUAAUUAUGAAGUGGGUUGAUUUCAGUCACAAAGAAAAAAGGGCAAGAGUGAGGUCAGUUUAAGUUUUGGCAUUGUAGCAGAUAGAUCAGGAAAGUAAAAGUUUUUUUUUAAAUUCAGUCACUGAAGACAGUUUUAAAGAAAGUGAUGGUAUUAAAUGUAAAAGGAUCAAAGUUGAUGAUCAUAAUAAUGGGAUGCUAGAUCAUGAGACUGUGUGUUUAUGCUGCUAACUCAUAACCAAAUGUUUUCUUUCUUUUUUCCUUUAAACAGGAAGACUUUCCAGAAUCGCUCGCCCCAGUGCUUUAACCUCAAGAACUUCUUCGAUGGUUGUAACUGAGCUCAUGUUAGUCUGUUUUUAACGCUUUAUCUUCAGAAAAUUUGCAUCAAAUGUUACACGUAAACUCGGUGAUUGAGAACCUUUUCUUGUUUUUUAUGAAGCCCUUUCGCAGUCAUAUGUUCCUGGAAACUGGACUUUAUUCUUAAAGUGGCACAAGAGUUUAGAGAUGAUUAUUGAUUUUGUGUUUGUUUUUAUUCACACUUUUUAUCAUGAUAAAAUAUGAUGAUCACUGUAUUCUCCUCUAUUCAAAAUUUUCAAUAAAAGUUCAUUGAUAUUUGAUUGUGUUGCGUCAUUUACCCGAAAGAUGGCGCUUGAAGAAGCAACAGAGAUACUCGGUUAGAUGAGUAGAUAAACGUUGAGGGGAGCUGGUUUAAUAAAAAAAGACAGAUGAUGUGGUGAAAAAGUAUCAUCAUGGCUGCUGGAAACAGAGUCGUAAUGUCAGUUUUCAUGUUGGUGAUCAAGGCUAGUUUGCAAGUUACUGACCACUACACCUAACUAAUUUGCACCAAAUGAAGAAUAGAUCUUUUUUGCCAAAGUCACUUCUCAGACAGAUUAAAUAUAUGUGCACAAUCUCGCCAACUCAUGCCAAGUACAGAUGACAUUAAACCAAAUUUAUAAGACUUUAAGUAAGUAACCCUCAUGCUACAUUACAGCUAGCUUAACUAGUUAGCAAAUCAGCAUGUUUACUUUCCCUCAUUUAGGGCCUGUGCAGUAUGUAAGUGUUCAUUUUAAUAAUGCUGCUCCAUGAAUGGAUUUGAUUUCCAAUAACAUUUAUGAGAAUAUAAUUAUUAUGGUAAUAUUAUAGAAUAGUAAUUAAAAAAAAGAAAAAACUUACUGAAAAGAGAAAAAUAAAGCAUCAGCUAAUAGAGUCUAAAUUCUAACAGUUCAGUCUCCUCUCCUUUAGAUCGUUUUUACAUCUAAUAUAGUUAAUGUCUGACAGAAGUGAGCAUUUAAAAACAAUCUUAACUAAAUCUAAAGCUAUAAACUUGUCUCAAAUGAUGAACAAGUAAGAGUCAGUAAUGAUUAUUUUUAAUACAGAGUGAGACUCUGUCUUUGUGUUUGCCGUCUUUACAGUGUACUGUAUGUGUAUAACGAAACCAAGAGAGAUGGGGGCUGCUGCUCUGUUAAUGAGUGUUCACAGUACAUCUCAUAAUAAAUCUUCAGAGAUGUACUUUGUUCUCUACUCAUACUCAAUGUACAGCUUGAUAAUGCUGUGGAUUCCCUUGAUGUAGCAGGCAUACAGAGCAGUCUGUGCAUUAUGAACUGUCAACAGAUUAUGACAGAAUGAGUGGAUAAAAUGAUCUCUAUAGAUUUGCAGAUCGUGGUCAUAAUACAAUACUGUCCUACCAUAAACCCCAAUACAAAAGACAGCAGUUUUAGUCCAGUUCCAGGUCAUAUAAUGGACUUUUCUGACACCUAGUGCCUCAAACACAAAACUACAAAAGGGUGGGGCAAAGAAGAAACAAAAUUUGAAAAAUUUCUACAGCUGAAGUUUUCUAUCACCUCUUGUUUGGAACCCAAACUCUAAAAUGUACAAUAAUUUUUCCAACCUUAAAUUAACUUGAACUGUUUAUUCCCCUUUUGUGAUCUCUUUGGUAUGAAACACUGGAUAGGUGAACGAUAUAGAGCUGAGCAGCUUGAGGAUUAAAAGUUUUACAAAACCCUUCUUGGAGGACUCAAUCACUGAAAGUUAAACUCUGCUCACCUUCUCUUUGGUAUUGUCGCUCCUUUUGUUGGGAUCACUGUAACACUGUCCUGAGGAUAUUUGUGUCCCCUUAUCUACCACACACUCUUUAUGCAGAGCUGACGCUGACAUCUGAUCCUCUAAUUUUGCUGAAGUCUUAUAAUGACCAGGGAGGAGAAGAUGUGUCGGCCUCAUGUCUCUAUCUCACGGCUCGGUCUUUUCAACAGGGUGAAGGCGUAACCUUAAAAAAGAGAAAAGAUGUUUUCAGGUAGACAGAUCAUUUUUCCUCCCUCGACCUCUUUAGGGCUCAGAUACCCAGAGUGAGACGUGAGAUUUGAAGCAUCUUUUGUCUGAGGAGAACAAAGGAUGUUCUUCCUCUCUGAUUGGUCCCUGCUUUCUCUGCAGACAGUAUAAAUACUAAAUCACUGAUGAUUUCACACACUUGAUGUGACAAUGAGGGUACUUGUGGUGUUUCUUUUGGGCCUCUGUUGGGCUGAAGGAAGACUUGUGUCUAAAUGUGAUCUAAGGGACAAACUAAUGACGGAGAUUGGUCCCCUGAUGAACAAGAGAGGAAAGCAUGGAGGGCUCAGUGUGGACUCAGUGGCAAACUGUGAGUUCUGGUUGUUACCUUUCUAUCAAAAACAGUUUAAUCUGCGACAAUUUAUGUGCAAUAAUUCACGAACUAAAACAAGUGAUAAAACUUCUAAGGCCUGCACAUUUGUUUAAUGUCGUUUCUUGUUAUGGAGAAGUUGAUUGUUAUUUAGACAACUGAAGACGUUCGAAAGCUACUGGACUGAAAUCAUUUAAGAUCAUGAAAAAGCUAAAUAAAAAUCUGUGGUGUGGUUGUGUCAUUUGUUUCAUCCCUCUCUUGACUUCAGUCGUCUAUCAUGUGGAGCUGUCGUCAGGUUUUGACACCAGUGCAGUGAAUCGUUGGGGCAAAAACCCCUCAGAUGUGACCAGCGCCCAAAAGCGUGCCAAGGAACAAAGUGAGCCUACAGAGUGCGCUCCUCCACCCCCUCCACCCAGCAGCCCCCAGCACCCAGAGAGGGUCUGGAAGCUUUAUGGUCUCUUCCAGCUUAGCAAUCACCUGGUCUGCAGAGACGAUGAUGAUGAUACAGAUUUAUCUGAAACCAUCUGUAAAAUAAACUGCAAACGUGAGUUUGGAUAUCAGUUUGGCUCAGCUGAAUUGUAAAUCACUCUGAUUCCUCCUCCUUAUUGAGAUGUUCCUGUGAGUUCAAACAGUUUGAGCAGCGUCUCUGUUUAAUCCAGCAAUCCUGUCUCUCUUUUCAGAACUGGUUGAUGACGACAUUAGUGAUGACAUUGAGUGCCUGUGGAAGAUCAUUGAACCACUUUUGUGAGUUGACCUCUAAAUUUCUUUACACACUUUGCUUUAAUAAUUGUUUUAUGGCCCAAUUUCUCUACCAAAAACACUCUAAUUAAAUUCACUAACAACCUGUUUUCAGCCUUUGAUUCAAACAAGCCAACUGGUGCUAUUUUGAUCAAUCUAACCAGGAAUUUUGACAUGGUUGAUCAUCGAUAACCUUUACCACAUUGGUCUGAGUCAAAAUGCUCAUUGUUGGUUACAUUUUCACAAUAGACAUCAGUAUAUUUUACUCAGUGACCAGUCUACAGUCCAGUUCUACAGCUAUUUCAUCCGAUGUUCCACAAGGAUCUACCUUAGGUCCACCUCUUUUUUUUUCAACUUUCGUUAACGAUCUUCAAUUCCACUUAUCUAUCCCCCUUUCAGCAGUCUAUGACUUUCACUGGCUUUAAAUCUUGUUUAUUUUCUCAUCCAAAAAAGCUUUUCCUGUAUUUAAUCUUAAAAGUAAUUUGAAAAAAAAAAAGAAAUAUCUCCUUCCAUCUUUGUAUGUUUGUGCUUUAUCCAGUGUGUAUGUUUGCAUUCAAAUAAAUUCAAAUUUAAAAUGAAGAUGAAGUUUCAUUUAGAAUUUUCCACUUAACCUGGUAAGUAACCACUUGACUGGAGCAAAGUGUAACCAGCACAGGUAAUGUGGAUGACUGAACGCUGAUGGUGCUAGCCCUGCUAACAUUAGUUUAGCUAACAUUAGCCAAACUCUCCAAACCAAUUCAACAUCGUUUACCUGCAGACUCUGUGGUCUUGUGCUUAGCCAUGUUUGAUUUAGUACACUCAAUUUAGACUGUUUUUUAAAGAGUUUUCCUCUUCUCAGUUUGUCAGAAUUUAAUCUCUUGUUACUUUGAAACAUCCCGGAUUUAACUCAUUUAAAUUUGCACAUGACAAAUGCAGAGAAGUCAUGGAAAGUCACAUUAUGUGGUAAAGAGAAGUGUCACAGAAAUGUGCUUAAUUUAUUUUUAAACUGUAAAGGAGGUGUGUUCUAUUGCGUUUUAUCAGUGAUGGAAUGUCACUUAAUCUUCAUCUUGGUUAUGCUUACAGCAAAGAAGGUUACUGGAACUUGAAGCCAGAUCUACGACCACUGUAAGUUAUCAGCUUCAUCAUCUUUGAAUAAGAGUUUGGUAAUCUACUUUUAGGUGCAAUAAUUCAUACAGGAAUAAAUCAAUUUAUGGCAUGAAAAUCAGACUAAUUUAGAGAUGUUGGUUUGAUCUGUUUUCUUCCAGGAUCAUGCUCAUCUUCCAGCCACGGUGCGGGGAUGUAACGGCCUCAGAGUACUUCUCUGACUGCCCAUCACUAAAAUCAGUUUGA